AUUAUAUUUUAAAUAAACCAUCCCUUUGUAAACAUUGGGUUGAAAGUGGUUGAAAUGUUUGGUAAUACUUUUCCGGAGAGAUAAAUAAAUUAGAAAGAAUUUUUUUCAAUAUGUUUUUUAUUGGCAUUUUCAUUCACAUUGUAUUUUUGUUCUCAAUAUUUGACAUAUAUUUUAAGUCACCCAUUGUAAAAAAUGUUCCUCCUUAUCAAUCGAGACACGAGCCACUUACUGAUAGGCUUGUUCUUUUUGUAGUAGAUGGUCUUAGAGCUGAAUCAUUUUUAAAUUAUACUACUAUGCCAUACUUAAGAUCAAUAGGUAACUCAUAUGGACGUUGGGGUAUUUCUAACACACGGGUACCCACAGAAACUCGUCCAGGACAUGUUGCGAUUAUCGCUGGUUUCUAUGAAGACCCAUCAGCUGUCGCCAAAGGAUGGAAAGAGAACCCUGUAGAUUUUGACUCUUUAUUUAAUCAAAGUUCCUAUACAUGGUGCUGGGGUGCAUAUGAUAUAGUGGAUAUAUUUACCAAAGACAAGAAAUUAGAAGACCAUAUUUUUGUAAAGAAAUUUGACCCUUAUGAUCAAUCGUUUAGCUCAGAUAAAAAUACUACAUUACUAGAUAAAUGGGUAUUUGAUGAUGUGAAGGAAUUCUUACAAAAAGCAAAACAUGACAAUAACUUAAUGAAAAAAUUACAGAGUAAUAAAAUAAUAUUCUUUUUGCAUUUGUUAGGGACUGAUACAUCUGGUCAUACUCACAAACCUAAAACACCGAAUUUUUUAACUACACUAAAAAAUGUUGAUGAUGGUAUUAAAGAAAUGGAGUACCUUUUAAGGAGUUUCUAUAAUGAUGAUGGAAAAACAACAUUCCUCAUGACAGCAGAUCAUGGAAUGACUGAUUGGGGUUCACAUGGCACUGGAUAUGAGCAUGAAACAAGAACUCCAUAUGUUCUUUGGGGAGCUGGUGUGCAACAAAUUCAAGAUGAAGAAAAACAUAUUGAUUCUGAAACAAAUUACAUGUUUCAGGAACAUAGAUUUGAUUUAAACCAAGCAGACCUAACACCUCUGAUGGCAUCGUUCCUCUCCAUUCCUGUACCUGUAAAUUCUGUGGGACAAUUGAAAUUAAAUCUACUUGAUUCUUCAUUGGCAAAUAAAGCUAAAGCAUUAUACAGUAAUAGUAGACAACUGCUUGCACAAUACAAUACAAAGAGACUUGAUGUUGAGGCCAAUGCCAUAUCUAUUUUAUAUAAACCAUAUGAACCCUUAGAUGGUAAGAAGGUGAAAGAAUUAAUAAGGUUUACAGAAAUGUUGUUAGAGCAUGCUGAUUACGAGAAAUUGAUUAUGUUUAGUGAAGAGAUUAUGGAUUUGAGUCUGGCUGGUCUUGUUUAUUAUCAUAAUUACUACCAGAAGCCACUUCUAACAACAAUUACCAUCUCCUUUUUGGGAUGGAUAGCUUAUUUACUACGCACACUUAUGGAACAAUCCAUGGUAUCACAAAUUGAUGUGUCCAACAAAAAAUAUCAAACCAAAAGUAAUUUAUACAAAAAGGCUGAUAAAAUUAUUUUGUUCACUUCAUCAUUAUUGGGUAUACUCUAUAGUUAUCUAAUUUAUGCACAAAAUUUGCCACCUCAGUAUUAUAUUUACUUCUUGCUGCCAAUAGCGCUCUGGUUAUAUGCUUUAUCACCAGUAAAGCUUUGGAUACUGACUUUGAAGAUGUUAUACCAUAGACGGGGCUACUCCUUAUUGGCCAUUGAAGUUUUGUGUUACACAUUCGGUUCAAUGGCUAUUGGAUAUUCAUUUACAUAUAGGUGGAUGCUCAGUAUACCAUUGCUUGGCAUGAGUUUGUGGCCUAUGUUUUCAUCAGCAAAACGAAAUGUUAACACUUUACUGUUUCUCUCAUGGCCAGUGGGUUGCUUGAUAUUAAGUAUUUUUUCAAUUUCCCCUGUUAUUGGGAAGGAUGUUUUUAUUGAAUUGGUAUAUCUUGGCGGCUUUAUAUGGCUCCUUGUUAUGAUAUAUUGUGUAUGGUUUAUAUUGAGCCCUAACUGUGAAGAUAAAAAUAACUUGAGAGAUGUGAUUCUUUGCGUGGUGCAAAUGGUAAUUCUUACUAUUACAUUACAAAUAAUAUUUGUGCAGUCGAAGAAAUUUGAUGGUGGUGCUCCAAUUUCACAAGCAUUGCAAACUGUUUGCUGGUUAAUUACUGCUCUUUUACCAGUGUUGCCACUUUUGUAUAGCAAGAGACUGAAUAACCGUAUUCUCGGAAUUAACUCUUCAACAAUAAUUUUUUAUUUAUUAUUAUCUGUCGCACAUGAGGGUCUUUUUAUUGUUGCGUUGAUAUUUAAUAUCACAUGUUGGAUGUACAUCGAAUUUAAACUUCUUGACAUCGGCAGCAAAGAGGUCACUGAUUACUAUUUUAAUUCGGAAGAUCAGAUGAUGGACAAGCAUAUUACAUCUUUCGAAAGGAGUAUAAGCAGCCAUGACUUUAGAAGAGCUUUCUUUUUUAUUUUAUACAUCGUACUAUCAUACUUUGGGACUGGCAAUAUCGACUCAUUAAAUUCUUAUGAAGUGCGAUGGGUCCUGUGCUUUACGACCUCAUAUAAGCCAUUUCUUAUUAUGGCUUUGAUAAUCAUGAAAACUCUGUCAACACAACUGAGUGUUGCCUGUUGUUUCCGAGCCAUCCAAAACUUAACAAAGGCUCCAAUGGGAUAUGUUCACGUCAUAGUUCUCAUAUAUUCAAAUAUAAUGGGUUUGCAAUUGUUAUACCAUGUUACAAAUACUGGCAGUUGGCUGGAGAUAGGAACAUCAAUAUCACAAUAUGUUAUCGUACAAAUUCUUACAUUAAUAAUUGUUCUUAUUAAUCAAUUAGCUAAAAUAUUAACUGAUGUUGAUGCGGCUGUACUGUUUAUUAAAUUAUUUAAGAAUAGAAAGAAAUACGUAUAGAAUAUUACAUAAUAACACAAAAAAUCAAA